AUGAAGUACAUAAUCCUUUCUCUUCUUUGCUCAUCUGCUGCGAUUGCAGCUCCUCUCGCGCAGCAAGGCACUGCUCAAGGUCAAGCUAAUGGACAACUUCAAAAUUCUCCUCAACAAGGAGCUGGCGCUGCACCUGCUGGCACUGCAGGCACUGCAGGAACUCAAGCGGGAACCCCUUCACAACAGCAGCUCGCAAACGCCGUUGCUAAUUGGCAGGCUGACACUUCAAUGGUGUCUAACUUCCUCAACACUGGAGCCAGCAUCAUGAACAAUGUUGCUUUCAAGCAAGCCGCCAAUGUUGCCUUCAAUGCCGAAGUCGAUGAGCUCAACCACAAAGCCAUCAUCGAGGGAGACCAGAGCAUUGCGACCAACCCGAACAUUCAGGCUGCCAAUAGCACGCUUGCUACCGGAGGAUCUUUCCAGGACGUCGUCGACAAGCUCCAGGAGAUGUCAGUGAAGGGACGCGCCGCGGUCCAGAAUAUCGACUUGAUCAACCAGAACCGCUGUGUCAA